AGAACAAACAGGCUGUGACAGCAGAGGAAGAGCCCCACACCGGGGAAGAAGGAAGCUGAGGCUGGGGGGACGGCAUGGAGUCGGUGGCACUGUACAGCUUCCAGGCCACCGAAAGUGACGAGCUGGCCUUCAAUAAGGGGGACACACUCAAGAUCCUGAACAUGGAGGAUGACCAGAACUGGUACAAAGCCGAGCUUCAGGGUGCAGAGGGAUUCGUCCCCAAGAACUAUAUCCGCAUCAAGCCCCACCCGUGGUACUCAGGCCGGAUCUCCCGCCAGCUGGCUGAGCGCAUCCUCAUGGAACGGAACCAGCUGGGAGCCUUCCUGAUCCGCGAGAGUGAGAGCUCCCCGGGGGACUUCUCUGUCUCCGUGAAUUAUGGGGACCAAGUCCAGCACUUCAAGGUGCUGCGGGAGGCCACGGGGAAGUACUUCCUAUGGGAAAAGAAGUUCAACUCCCUCAAUGAGCUGGUGGACUUCUACCGCACUACCACCAUCGCCAGGAAGGGCCAGGUCUUCCUGCGUGACCAGGAGCCCCUGCUCAAGCAGCCUCCCCGGACCUGCUUCGCCCAGGCCCAGUUUGACUUCCUGGCACAAGAUGCAUCCCAGCUCAGCCUUCGGCGUGGCGAUAUCGUGGAAGUGCUGGAUGGCCUGGACCCACACUGGUGGCACGGCCGCCUCAGGGGGCACAGCGGCUAUUUCCCACGCAGCUAUGUGCAGCCCAUGCACCUGUGACUGGCCAGGCCAGGCAAUGGACCAGCAACACCUGGGGACUGGACAGCAGGCUAUCACUGCUUGGGGACUGCGCACCCACAUUCCCUGCCCACCCUGGCUCCCACAGCCUUCCCCCAUUGGCAACUGGCUACAUGAUGUCACAAAACUGAUUGUGUGGCAUCAGAGGGCAGAGUGUAUGAUGUCAGGGCCCCAUAAUGUGACAUCAGAAUGCAGGCUGUGCUAUAUCAGGGCUGCCUGGCAAUGCUCCUCCCCCAACUGCAUCCCAGUGACUGGACCCUUCUGCAGACUUCCACUGUGGAGGGCUCACUCCAGACCUGUGAGCAAGGUGGGGGCUCUCUACCAGGCCUCAGGAACCCCGGAAGUGUUCUGGCCACCGAGUAGGUGCCUCAUCUUAUGGGUAGAAGAAGGGUCUGGUUACCCAACCCACUACACAGACUUAGCAUAGUCCUACCAUGUGGGCCCAGCAUCCCUAUCUGAGAACAGAAUCCCAGGGGCCUGGGGGGACUCCAGGUCAUGGGGGAACUGGGGGACAGUGGAGGUGAGUCCAUAAUGAGGGGAGAUGGCAUGUUCAUACAGAAUGGGCAGCCAGUAGGAGGCCCACCAGGGUACAGUAUGGCCUAGAUCAAGAACCCCCCCCUUAGCAGAGGGAUGGCUGGUGGGUCCCCCCCAACUCUUGGCUCCCAUCCCCUGGGCUAUGGGGGGCUGUCCUGCCCCAGCCUUGCAUCAUGGACUGGAAAUAAAAACACAGGUGAUGGUA